AAAUAAUAAAAACACAUAAUCUUUCCUCUCUUAUUCUCUUCGACUACUUUGUUGAUUUUCUCUGAUUAAUCUUUCGAUCAUAUUCUCCGAUUUUUUUUUUUUUUAAAUCCGUCACCGAUGGCAACCGCCAUGGUCGAAGAUUCGAGCUUUGAAGAAGACCAGCUGACUUCGAUGACCACCGAUGACAUCAUCCGAGCUUCUCGUCUUCUAGAUAACGAGAUUCGGAUUCUCAAGGAGGAGAUGCAAAGGACAAAUCUCGAGUUGGAUUCAUACAAGGAGAAGAUUAAGGAGAAUCAAGAAAAGAUUAAGCUUAACAAGCAGUUGCCUUACUUGGUCGGCAACAUUGUUGAGAUAUUGGAGAUGAAUCCUGAAGAUGAGGCAGAGGAGGAUGGUGCCAACAUUGAUCUUGACUCACAGAGGAAGGGUAAAUGUGUUGUGCUGAAAACCUCUACUCGUCAGACCAUCUUUCUACCUGUGGUUGGACUUGUUGACCCUGAUAAGUUGAAACCUGGUGAUUUGGUUGGGGUCAAUAAAGACAGCUACUUGAUAUUGGAUACUCUGCCGUCUGAGUAUGACUCUCGAGUAAAGGCCAUGGAGGUUGAUGAGAAACCAACUGAAGACUACAAUGAUAUUGGUGGCUUGGAGAAGCAGAUCCAAGAACUAGUUGAGGCCAUUGUGUUGCCCAUGACUCAUAAAGAACGGUUUCAAAAGCUAGGCAUUCGUCCACCUAAGGGAGUGCUGUUAUAUGGACCUCCUGGCACUGGAAAAACUUUGAUGGCUCGUGCUUGUGCAGCACAAACAAAUGCAACAUUUCUGAAGCUAGCAGGCCCACAACUGGUUCAGAUGUUCAUUGGAGAUGGAGCAAAACUUGUCCGUGAUGCCUUUCAGCUUGCAAAAGAAAAAUCUCCAUGUAUCAUUUUUAUAGAUGAAAUUGAUGCAAUUGGCACAAAGCGAUUUGAUAGUGAAGUGAGUGGAGAUAGGGAGGUUCAGCGAACAAUGUUGGAACUGCUCAACCAGCUUGAUGGCUUUAGCAGCGAUGAACGUAUUAAGGUGAUAGCAGCAACUAACCGAGCUGAUAUCCUUGACCCUGCUCUGAUGCGUUCUGGUCGAUUGGAUCGUAAAAUCGAGUUCCCACAUCCCACUGAAGAAGCAAGAGCUCGAAUCCUUCAGAUCCACUCGAGGAAGAUGAAUGUUCAUCCAGAUGUCAAUUUCGAAGAACUUGCUCGAUCCACUGAUGAUUUUAAUGGAGCACAACUGAAAGCUGUUUGUGUGGAGGCAGGCAUGCUAGCUCUUCGCCGCGAUGCAACUGAGGUGAACCAUGAAGAUUUCAAUGAAGGUAUCAUUCAGGUGCAAGCUAAGAAGAAGGCAAGCUUAAAUUAUUACGCAUGAAGGAGCAAGUGGCAUCAUCCUGUUGAGAAUUUGUUUAUAUACGUGGUACUUUGACUGCCCAAUUGUACUGUGUUAGAUUUUUCUUUCGUUUCCAGAUUAUUUAUUUAUGCUAAUUUAUUAUUACUGAAUUCUUAUGCGCUUUUUUUUUUGUUGUUGUUGUUGUUGAAGUG